AUGACGGCGUUGAGCCGGUGGGCGAUCGUGAGUGUGGUGCGACCCUUCAAUUCCUCUUGCCUUGUACCCAACCCUCAAACCCCACCACCUCGCCUCCCUCAUUCUCUCACCAUGCUGGCAUCGAUGACCAGGAUCCUGUCGCUAUCCGUGACGGCGUCGAGCCGGUGGGCGAUCGUCAGCAUGGUGCAACCCUUGAACUCCUCGUGCCUUGUACCCAACCCACAAACCCCAUCACCUCGCCUCCCUCAUUCUCUCACCAUGCCGCCAUCGAUGACCAGGAUCCUGUCGCUAUCCAUGACGGCGUCAAGCCGGUGGGCGAUCGUCGGCAUGGUGCGACCCUUGAACUCCUCGUGCCUUGUACCCAACCCACAAACCCCACCACCUCGCCUCCCUCAUUCUCUCACCAUGCGGCCAUCGAUGACCAGGAUCAUGUCGCUAUCCAUGACGGCGUCGAGCCGGUGGGCGAUCGUCAGCAUGGUGCGACCCUUGAACUUCUCGUGCCUUGUACCCAACCCACAAACCCCACCAUCGCGCCUCCCUUAUUCUCUCAACAUGCCGCCAUCGAUGAACAGGAUCCUGUCACUAUCCAUGACGUCGUCGAGCCGGAUCCUGUCGCUAUCCAUGAUGGUGUCGAGCCUGUGGGUGAUCGUCAACAUGGUGCGACCCUUGAACUCCUCGGCUCUGCCCUGUACCCAACCCAUAGACUCUGCCACUUGUCUCCUUUACUCACGCACCAUUUCGGCAUCCAUGACCAGGAUCUUCACGCUAUCCAUGAUGGUGUUGAGCCGGUGCGCCCUCCCCAUUGCCUCCCACACCUCGCUAUCACGGCGCUUAUUGAACGGAUCCAUGUUGACAUGCAAUGUGCCUGGAGGGGGUGGAGGGGGGAUGAAUGGGGGCGGAAGGAGGGAUGGAGGAGGGGAAGAGGGCGGAGGGGGGUCGGAAUGGGGGAUGGAAGGAGGGGAGAGGGGAAAACAGGGGGGGAUGGACGGAGAGGGUCAAGAGCCUUCUGAGUCUCUCCCUCCCUCCCACACCUCCUCAUUGCCAGGUGACUUCUGA